AGGGGGGGAUUUUUUUUUCGUUGCGUGGGGGUUGUGACGGCCUCCGUGUUUACUUUGGUUUUAUUAAUCUCUUAAUUAUUAGGAGUACAUUUUUUUUGUUUUUCUACUUCUGCCGGAGGUUAAUGUUCGUGAGGUAGUGGCGUCGUUAGCUUGGAUUGUUUUCCCACCACCACCACCGCCGCCGCCGCCGCCUUACACGCGCGCACAUGGAUAAGUUUGCGAUUCGGAUGGUUGGGCCUGGCGGGCUUUUUCCGAGCAUUGAUCCUGGCGCCCUGGAGAACAUGCUGGCUAUGAAGCCGCCACAGCUGGAGGUGUACGAGCAGCCCAAGUCGCGCGGCAUGCGCUUCCGCUACGAGUGCGAAGGCCGCUGUGCAGGCAGCAUCCUGGGAGAUCGAAGCACGGACAGCAACAAGACAUACCCGGCCGUCAAGCUGGUGAACUGCACUGGGCCGGCCAAGGUGCGCGUGUCGCUCGUGAGCAAGAAUGACCCGCACCGGCCUCACCCGCACAGCCUGGUAGGGAAGGACUGCUCGGAUGGUGUGUGCGAGGUGGACGUCUCCUCGGGGGUCACCAUCGUGCAGUUCCAAAAUCUGGGCAUUCAGUGCGUGAAGAAGAAAGAGGUUGCAGAUGCCCUGAAGCUAAGGAUCCAGAAGAACGUGAACCCUUACAAAGUGCCAGAGGAGCAGGCCCUGGCUACAGAGGAGAUCGACAUGAACGUGGUGCGGCUCUGCUUCGAGGCAUUCAUCCACGAGCGUGGUCGCGUCAUUGCCCUGCCACCCAUCGUCUCCCAGGAGAUCAGAGACAAGAAGGCACCGAACGUUUCGGAGUUGAAAAUCUGCCGUGUCAACUUGAAUGCUGGCAGUGCACGUGGUGGGGAUGAGGUUUUCCUUUUGUGCGACAAAGUUCAGAAAGAAGACAUUGAGGUGCGCUUCUUUGAGCCGGAUGGCAGCUGGGAGUCACGCGGCAGCUUCUCGCAGGCCGAUGUCCACCGGCAGGUUGCCAUCGUGUUCCGCACACCGGCGUACCGCGAUCCGGGCAUCACGCGUCCCGCCAACGUGCGCAUGCAGCUGCGACGGCCGUCGGAUGGAGAAGCCAGCGAGCCGAUCGAGUUCCGCUACAUCCCAGUCGACCCCGAUCCCCACAAGCUGCAGGAGAAGCGCAAGCGAAAGGCCGAUUCGUUUGACAAAUUCCUGGAAAGCACCAACAUCACCGGGCUCGGGACUCCGUCUGGGAAUAUUGCGGAGAGGAAGGUGGCCGUGAGCACGACCAGUUCGCAGAAAUCCAAGGAUCUUCUCCGCCAGAAGAUUCAAGAUAAAACCCAAGAAGCCUCCUUCAUGCGGGGUGCUGGCUUCGUCUCCUCCCCACGCACGCCGCCAGCGUCCGCCGGCUACGACGCACAGCCCUCCCUGAGCGGCGUCACCGUCGCGUCAUCCGUCCAUCCCACUAUGCCUUCGUCGUCGUUGUCGCUGUUGCUGCCCGCGGCAACAUCAAAGGCGCCGUCGCCCGGUCACACGGCACACCACAGCUCUGUAACUGUGAGCGCCAGCCCCAGCGUCGGCUCCGUGCUCGUGCUUGGCGCAGGCGGCGGCCAAUACUCGCAGAGCGCGCUCGCCAGUGACAUGCAGGGCCUCAACGUCACCGAGCUGAACCCUGUUCGGCCGUCGGCGGCAGCGUCGGCAGCGGCGCAAUCGAGGGCUGCCGAGAACCACACUCCCCUGACGUCAUUCGACAUGCCUGCCGCGACAGGGGGCGGCAUCGACAGCCUGACGGCCAUGAGCUUCAGCGAGUUUGAAUUCCUCGGCAACGACAUGUACCCGUUCGUGCCCAAUGAAGACUUGGUGAUAUUCGCCACACCGGCCUCGCCAACGCUGCCCACGCAGCACGUGCCGCUCACCAGCGCCGCCGCCUCCGCCACGACCGCCGCCGCCGCCACAACCGCCACCGGCACACCCGACCCAGACCAGACGACGUCGGUGAGCCAGCUGUCGCAGCAGCAAAUCUCCGACGUGCUCAACAUCAUCCGAGACUCCAUGCGUCAUCAGCACGAUGGCGCCACUGCCCCGGAAACGGCCGCGGCAACCGGUGCCGCCCAGGCGAACUUUGCGACGAAUGCGCCCGACGGGCGGGAAAUGCCGGCUUGGUCCGGCGGUGCAGUGAACGCGCAGUCGCAAUUACAUUCGCAAUCGCCUGCGCCCGAUCAGUCCCUGCAGGCGCCGGGAGCCGCCUACCCGGCAGGGCAAACUGUCUCCGGCCUGGGACUCGGCUACUUGUCGUUUCCCGACGAUAUGCGCAUGGAGAGCCUGGAGCGGCUCGACAGCGCCGAGCUCAACCGGCUGCUUGAGACGGUGACCAUGGACAUGACCAACAACGUGGGCAGCGCUGACGGAUUCUUGUAGGGAAAUGGCGCCGCCCGUAAAUGGUUGUUUAUCGAUGGCGGCAAACGACCUUUAUUUAUAGGAAAACAGCCUGGGGUGUUGGCGGCUGUGGUCAGGUUCGCAAGUUGGAAGAGUCACGAGUUUGAGAAAAUAUGAUUCGGUGUCGACUCGACUGAUUUCUUUUUUUUUUACCAGUUUGGCUUGCUCAUUAGGAAUUUGAUGGUGGUCAUCUUGUCAGAUUAAAACGCACACCGGGCAUGGGAAUCGACUUUGCACCACUGGGCUCAGAAAACUGGCUCGUGACUGAAACGGAGAUGAGCAACCACAACAUGGCCAGUUUUAUUUAGAAGUAAGAUACAUUGAUUUAUUUGGGAAUUAUCAAUGAAUCUCAGGACUUUAAAAAAGUGUCAUGCCUUCAUAUGUUUGGCCAUUUACUUUUUUAGUGCAUGCUUAAAGGUAAAAAAAUGCACACUUUUAAGAAACUACAAACUCGCUUUGUGGUAUUGCAAUAUCCUGAUCAGCUGACGGUCGUGUGAUGAUUUCUACAUAGUCCCAACAACCCCACCUCUACGAAGUUCUGGGUUACAGAGGUGUGUUUGUGUGUGUGUCAUGCCCGAAGUUUUGCCUCGCUGUUGUACAGUCGCGAAUAUUCAUGGCGUGUUGUUCUGAUGUAUUUUCGGGCUGCCGUAGUAUGCGCUGCGCUACAAUGAUAGUGGCCCUACGUUUUAUUCAUCCACUGGUACCUCUGAUGACCCGCCGCCACUAUCGUGCAGAGUAUCCAUGCCGGAUGAUCAUCGUAGGUUCUCUUGUGGUAGGAUACAGUGUGGGGAUCUUGCAGUUUGUUGAAAGGCAUCGUGGGGAAGUUCACUUGAAGUCUCUGGAUAGAGGGAGGCUACUCCUUCCACUGUUCUGGUAUGAAGACUGUUAUACUUACAUGCUGAGCUAUACUGAGCAUAAUUGUCUUUUGCUGCCCUCUGCUGAUGUAUAGGCAAACACAAAGGUCCUCAAAUCCUUUGACUUCUUGUGAGCUUCUUCUUGGUUCUUU